GUGCUGAAAGUGGCCAUUUUGGCGGAGAAGUACGCGUCCGACUAUACCUGGUAUGUGGACGUUAUCCUAAACUUGAUUAGAAUCGCUGGUGACUACGUUAGUGAAGAGGUCUGGUAUCGAGUCAUUCAAAUUGUGAUAAACAGAGAGGAUGUUCAGGGAUACGCCGCCAAAACUGUCUUCGAGGCACUUCAAGCGCCGGCAUGUCAUGAGAAUAUGGUGAAAGUCGCGGGUUAUAUAUUGGGAGAGUUCGGUAAUCUAAUAGCCGGUGACCAGCGGUCGAGUCCAUUGAUUCAGUUCCAACUCUUACAUUCGAAAUACCACUUGUGCUCGGCUUCCACUCGGGCUCUACUGUUGACAACUUAUGUGAAAUUUAUUAAUUUAUUCCCCGAAAUCAAAGGAGACAUUCAAACGAUUCUCAAAAAUCAUAGCAAUAUUCGCAGUGCGGACGCAGAGCUUCAACAGAGGACUGUAGAGUACCUCCAGUUGACGAGCAUUGCGUCGACCGAUGUGUUGGCCACUGUGUUGGAGGAAAUGCCUCCCUUUCCCGAACGCGAGAGCUCUAUAUUAGCGUCGCUUAAGAAGAAGAAGCCGGGAAUGACGGGAGGAGUGGCCACUACUGGCAAAGAAUACAAGGGAACUAUGAAUAACAAUACGUUGAACGACAUAACGAGUCCAGUGAUCAACACUAACGCCUCCGCCGAUCUGUUGGGACUCAAUAGUUCGCCUCCGACUGCCGUCACAUCAAACGCCAGUCUAUUAGUGGAAGUGUUUGGCGAUUCGGCCAUAUCUUCGAACAACACGUCGGCUCUGAAUAACAACAUCGGCUCUUCUGGUAUCACUUUAAACAACUCCGGAGUCGUCAUCAGCAAUGAAGAGGGCCUCAAGAAGUUGGUCUCCAAACACAACGGCGUUCUCUUUGAGAACGAUUUGCUUCAGAUUGGAGUGAAGGCGGAGUACCGCCAGAAUCUCGGGAGGAUUUCCCUCUUUUACGGCAAUAAAACCAAUUCUCAGUUUCUCUUAUUUUUCCCAUCGAUUUCAUGCACUGAACAGCUCCAGAAGUGUGUCAGUCUUCAAGCGAAACCCGUGGAGCCUAUCAUCGAAGCGGGCGCUCAAGUCCAGCAGCAAAUCAACGUCGAGUGUAUCAAUGAUUUUAGUGAUUUGCCCACACUUUUAGUGGAGUUCAGUUAUAACGGUCCCCAAAGGUUUCCACUAAAGCUUCCGUUGACUUUAAAUAAAUUUCUGGAGCAAACAGUUAUGAACUCAGAGACCUUUUUUGGCCGUUGGAAGAACUUAAACAAUCCAUCACAAGAGGCGCAGAAAAUAUUUAAAGCCAAACACGGAAUGGACGCCGAAGUGACCAAAUCUAAGUUAUUAGGCUUUGGGUUUGAAUUAUUAGAGAACGUGGACCCGAAUCCUGAGAACUUUGUGUGCGCGGGUAUUGUGCACAGUAAGGCUGUUCAGGUCGGCGUUCUCCUCAGACUCGAGCCCAAUAUGCCGGCGCAGGCGUUGGAGUGA